AUGUCGGAUCUGUUGAGUGGCAUUGCGAGUUUUACAAAAAUAGUAGCCGAUUCGUUCAACACAUAUGAAAUCAGGAAACUUGGUAACAAAGUGCAGGGAAUGGUAAUGAACUAUACAGAAGCAGAAAGUAAGGUCCGAGAAGCAACGAACGAAGACCCAUGGGGACCGACAGGACCUCAAAUGGCUGAAAUCGCGCAUAUGACAUAUCAGUAUGAUGCAUUUCCCGAAGUGAUGAGCAUGCUCUGGAAACGGAUGCUACAAGACAAUAAAAAUGCUUGGAGACGAGUAUAUAAGUCAUUGACACUUUUGCACUACUUGUUAAAAAAUGGCAGUGAACGAGUAGUGAGCAACGCGCGUGAUCAUCUGUUCGAGAUGCGUACGCUGGAGUCUUACAAAUUUACUGAUGAAAAGGGAAAGGAUCAGGGACUUAAUGUACGACAUCGGGUUAGCGUUUUGUUUGAAUUGAUUCAAGAUGAUGAACAAUUAAAGGCAGAGCGAAAAAGAGCAAAAUUAGAAGGCAAGGAAAAAUACAAGGGCUAUUCAAAAGACGAUAUGCGUUUGGGUGGACAAACUACCUUCAGUAGUAACAAUACAGGAAAUUCUGGUAACUGGAGAAAUAGCAGUAAUUUUUCGAAGAGGCGAAAUUCAUGCGAUGAAGAUGGAAGAGAUUGUUAUCGUCAUCGUGAAGUAAACUCUUUCCAGUUCCCAGAUGAAGAGAUUAGCCACGGUGGGGGUGAUAGUCCAGAACUCGGCAUACGAGAGCACACACCAGAACCGUUUGGCCAAGAAAUUGAAGAUGAUGAAGAAUUCGGUGAUUUUGCCCUGGCUCGUAAUCUUCAGUCUCAGUUUCAAAAAGUUCCUACACCGUCGUUAGUAACAACACAGUCACAACCCAUUCAUAAGUCCUAUCAACUACAUAUCAUCGAUGUUCCGACUCCUGCUGUCGUACCUCCUCCUCCUCCUCCUCCUCCUCCACCACCUCCUCCUGCUGGUUCGAGUGUAAUAGCUACUACGACAGUAAAACAUUCCGAUAGUGGCAUUUCUCUACAAAAUAAACCACUCAACGAUCUGCUUGGAUUAGAUGAAUUCAGUGGUAAUGGAAAUGCGAAUAAUUCCGUAACUUCAUUUUUCAAUGAUAGUUCGAAAACAUCCACUUUGCAGCCUUCCUCGUUCAUGAAAGCUGUAAACCAGUUGGCUAGUGAUCAACAAUCCACUUCGCCAUUACGCUUUGGCAGUUUAUCUCCUGAAUCAGUAUCAGAUGCUGUACUUCCAAAUCCAGAUCAACAACAUGUAUCUGCCGCUGCACCAUCUGUUUCAUUUUCAGAUUACGUUGCUUUAUCCCCAGCUGCAGUACCUUCACAGGCAGCAUUUUCAUUUCCAUUGGGUGGCAGUGCUACCCUUUUUUCAGGUUGGGGUGACAUGUCUACAAAUCAUGUACCUUCUGCUGAUACUACUAUGCAAUCAUCGCGUCACAGUACCGUUCUUUUGACUACAGCAACUCCAUUAAUGCCAGUGCCUACGUACUCCGUUUCCGUUAUUCCGUCACAUGUAAAUGUACCAUCUCCACAAAUUGACCAGGUUUCGAAAUCAACUGUGAAAAUUCCAUCGACGUGGGCAGAUGCAUCAAACAAAGUGAAUAUUGAUUUGGAUGAUCUGGGUAUGAAAAAGAAACCGCAGAAGCAUUCUGUACCGAUGAACCAAAUGACUCCUAUAAUGUCUAUACCAGCAACAGACAGAAACAUACUGGCGAAGUCGAUUGUUUUCACCGAUGCACCUCAGCAGCGACUGUCUUCGGAUGACAUGUUAGAUUUACUAAGAUGA